GCGGCCAGAGACACUCGGCGAGCAAGCGGCUCACAAUUGAACAUGACAUCGACAACGAACAAGACACUGGCGACGUCCGCCGCCAUUUCCCAGAUCAACGGCGUCCACUCGGUCCUGGCGGGCGUCUUUGCAGGCUGCGUCACGCGGUCGUGCACGUCCCCCAUGGACGUGCUCAAGAUCCUGUUUCAAGUCAACCACCCGACGGCACACCGCUCCAUUCACCACGCGUGCCAGCAACUGUACGUGUCAGAAGGCCUUCGAGGGUUUUGGAAAGGCAACCUCGCUGGAUGCUUCCGACUUGGCCCAUACGCAGGCGUCAAAUUUUGCAUCUUCGACACGUUGCAAUCCAAGUCGGCGGCGAGUGCCCCUCACGUGGAGAAGGCUGUCCAUGGUGCGAUUGCAGGCAUGUGUGCGACGCUUGCCGUGUACCCGAUGGAAGUGGUUCGCACGCGGAUCAUCAUGCAAGACGCGACUGCGUUUCGAGGAAUCCACAAGGAACUGACACACAUCUACCGCAAGGAAGGCAUGCGCGGCCUCUACCGUGGUUGCCUCUCGGGUCUUGUGGGGUCGAUUCCGUUCGAAGGGAUCCAGUUCGCGUGCUACGAAUACAGUAAAAGCUACGCUGUGCAGCAGCGGUGGCCGGCUUGGCGCUGGCCUGAACACAAACACCAGCUCAACUCGUUGGACCAUUUGGUUAUCGGGAGUUGGUCCGGUGCGAUUGCCCAGCUUGUUUCCUACCCAUUCGACAGUGUGAAGAAGCGCCUGCAAGCAGACACGGCCAAAAGAUACACGGGCAUGCUUGACUGCCUGGACAAGGUCGUUCGAGAGGAAGGCGCGGUGGCGCUGUACCGAGGGACGCUGCCCAACAUGGUCCGCGUCGUGCCGUAUGCGGCUGUCAUGUUUGCGUCGUACGAAGCAGCCAAGGACUUUUUGUCGUCCUUGUGAGUGCCGCCAUGGAUGGACCUGUCGUGUGAUGUGUCGUGCCGUUAGUUUGUGUUAACUUAUGUACUUCGAAGAGUUCGAUUCAAAGCGGAAAAAACAGCACACAUCGUUGAAAAGGUUUG